AUGUCAUCUCCACCAAAGAUAACAUCAAAAAGCACCCUCCCAACCUCCUCCCCCCGAAAACCAUGGUCUCACCACCUCACCCUAGACACCCUGCUCCAUGUCUUAAGAAACACCCUCCUCAGCCCAUUCAUCGCCUGGAUCCUAGUCCUCUGCCUCCGCGCCCAAGUCACGCCCCCAACAGAUCCAGCCUUCAUAAUUGCAGUCUCAUAUGCAACGAUCCUGACAUUACUGUUUGUUGCGCGGGUCGUCAAUCAUCGUGUCACGUAUGGCAUCCCGCGUACGGUGGAUUCUGCGAAUGAAGUUGUUUUGAUUACGGGCGGUGCGAGUGGACUUGGACUGUUGGUUGCGCAUAUGUAUGCUAUGAAGGGGGCGAGUGUAGCGGUCUUGGAUAUAAGAGAUAUUGGCGUGAAGGAGCAGGAUGAGGUGUUUGGGGAGGAUGUGCAAUAUUUUAGGUGUGAUGUUGGAGAUCGGCGGGCGCUUGAGGAUGUUAGAGCGAAGAUUGAAGAUGAGCUGGGCACCCCAACCAUCAUUAUCAACUGUGCCGCGGCUCAAAUCAACGGCCAUCCACUUUUGGGCUUGCCAGCAGAAGCAUUCGAGAAAACGGUGCGCACCAAUUUGAUGGCCGCGUUCCAUCUCUACCAGGUUUUCUUGCCGGGUAUUAUCGCAGAAGCGGAGAAUGGAGGCACCAUCGUCACUGUCAGCUCGGUGCUGGGCCAAUUGUCUCCAGCAGGGCUGUCAGACUAUUCAGCGAGCAAGGCAGGACUGAGCGCACUACACCGAACAAUGGAAGCUGAGUUCCGCAGCGAUGAGCGGAUAAAGAUGUUGCUGGUGGAAACGGGGCAGAUGGCGACACCGUUGUUUGAUUGGGUCCGCACUCCAAGUCAUUUCUUCGCUCCUGUUCUGGAGCCAGUCGAGGUCGCUCGUGAGAUUGUGGCUGCUGUAGAUAGCGGUCGUGGUGGCGUGCUCAGGUUACCCGCAUUUGCAACACUCGUUAAUUGGUAUGCUGUGUUGCCAGGUGCGGUGCAACUCAUAGCACGAUAUCUGAGUGGAAUCGACAAUGCCGUGUCUUCGAGCAUUCAGGAACGUGAUGGAGGGAGCGAGCACAGGUAUCCACUCAGGUCCAACAAGAAAGCGAACUGA